UGUAUCGCUGCUCAUUGUAAAGCGUACGUGGUAUUUAGAGACUAUAAGCAGCGUCCACGAGUGUCCAGACCCGUUUUUAGCCCUUCGCAGGGCCCUUGACCGUCGGCGAAGCAGAUAAACAGCUUCCAACAUGGACAGGUCGUACGAUUUGGAGGAAGAGCCGAUGGACGCGGAUGAAGAGCAAGAGGAGAUCACGUCCGAGUUGUGGCAGGAAGCGUGCUGGAUCGUGAUCAACGCGUACUUCGACGAAAAGGGCCUGGUGCGGCAGCAGCUCGACUCUUUUGAUGAGUUCAUCCAGAUGUCCGUGCAGCGCAUCGUCGAGGACUCCCCGCAGAUCGAGCUGCAGGCCGAGGCUCAGCACACCUCUGGAGAGAUCGACACACCACCAAAGUACCUGCUGCGUUUUGAGCAGAUUUACCUUUCAAAACCGACACAUUGGGAAAAAGACGGUGCACCGUCACCGAUGAUGCCGAACGAGGCACGUUUGCGAAACCUGACCUACUCCGCGCCGCUUUAUGUUGACAUUACGAAAACAGUAGUCAAGGAGGAUGAAGAGCCCAUCGAGACUCAGCACCAGAAGACGUUCAUCGGAAAAAUUCCGAUCAUGCUGCGUUCAACGUACUGCCUGCUCAACGGCCUUACGGACCGAGAUUUGACUGAGCUGAACGAGUGCCCACUCGAUCCUGGCGGCUACUUCAUCAUCAACGGCUCUGAAAAGGUGUUGAUUGCGCAGGAGAAGAUGGCGACGAACACGGUGUAUGUGUUCGCGAUGAAGGAUGGUAAAUUCGCGUAUAAGGCUGAAAUCAGGUCGUGUCAGGAGCACAGUUCCCGCCCCACGUCCACGCUCUGGGUCAAUAUGAUGGCCCGAAGCGGACAGAGUAUCAAGAAAAGUGCAAUCGGCCAGCGAAUCAUCGCAAUCCUGCCGUACAUCAAGCAAGAAAUCCCGAUCAUGAUCGUUUUCCGCGCUCUUGGUUUUGUGGCUGAUCGCGAUAUUCUCGAGCACAUCAUUUACGACUUUGACGACCCUGAGAUGAUGGAGAUGGUGAAGCCGUCGCUGGACGAGGCCUUCGUCAUCCAGGAGCAGAACGUGGCUCUCAACUUCAUCGGCGCCAGAGGUGCGAGGCCUGGCGUCACGCGCGAGAAGCGUAUCAAGUACGCCAGGGAAAUUCUGCAGAAGGAAAUGCUGCCGCACGUCGGUGUCUCGGACUUCUGCGAGACCAAGAAGGCUUAUUUCCUUGGGUACAUGGUGCAUCGGCUGCUAUUGGCUGCGCUGAGUCGGCGCGAAUUGGACGACCGUGAUCACUACGGAAACAAAAGACUCGAUUUGGCCGGCCCUCUGCUUGCCUUCCUCUUCAGAGGGUUGUUUAAAAAUCUGCUGAAAGAGGUAAGGAUGUACGCACAAAAGUUCAUCGACCGAGGCAAGGAUUUCAACCUUGAGCUUGCCAUCAAGACCAAAAUCAUCACAGAUGGACUCAGAUACUCUUUGGCGACGGGUAACUGGGGUGACCAGAAAAAAGCCCAUCAGGCGCGUGCGGGUGUGUCCCAGGUGUUGAACCGUUUGACGUUCGCGUCGACCCUUUCGCAUCUGCGUCGCGUCAACUCGCCUAUUGGCCGUGACGGUAAACUGGCCAAGCCGCGCCAGCUGCACAAUACGCUUUGGGGCAUGAUCUGCCCGGCCGAGACGCCCGAGGGCGCCGCUGUCGGCCUCGUGAAGAACCUGGCCCUGAUGGCGUACAUCUCGGUCGGCUCGCAGCCGUCGCCCAUCCUUGAGUUCUUGGAGGAGUGGAGCAUGGAGAACCUGGAGGAAAUAGCCCCGUCAGCCAUUUUGGACGCGACAAAAAUCUUCGUCAACGGCUGCUGGGUCGGUAUUCAUCGUGACCCCGAGCAGCUUAUGGCCACCCUGAGGAAACUUAGGCGUCAGAUGGACAUCAUUGUGUCUGAGGUGUCCAUGAUCCGUGACAUAAGGGACAGGGAAAUUCGGAUCUACACCGACGCGGGACGAAUCUGCCGACCGCUGUUGAUCGUCGAGAAUGGAAAUUUGCUGCUCAAGAAGAGGCACAUCGAGAUGCUUAAAGACAGGGACUACAAUAAUUACGGAUGGCAGUAUUUGGUGUCGAGCGGUGUGGUCGAGUACAUUGACACGCUGGAAGAGGAGACGGUGAUGAUCGCCAUGUCACCUGACGAUCUGAACUCUGAGAAGGAAAAUGCCUACUGUAGCACAUACACGCAUUGUGAAAUCCACCCAGCCAUGAUUCUCGGCGUCUGCGCCUCCAUUAUUCCCUUCCCUGAUCACAACCAGAGUCCCCGUAACACUUACCAGAGCGCUAUGGGUAAGCAAGCGAUGGGUGUGUACAUCACAAACUUCCACGUUCGGAUGGACACCCUGGCGCACGUGCUGUACUACCCGCAGAAGCCGCUGGUGACAACCCGUUCUAUGGAGUACCUGCGUUUCCGAGAGCUGCCGGCCGGCAUCAACUCAAUCGUCGCCAUCGCCUGCUACACCGGCUAUAACCAGGAGGAUUCUGUCAUCAUGAACGCCUCUGCUGUCGAACGCGGGUUCUUCAGGUCGAUUUUCUACCGCUCGUACAAGGACCAGGAGUCGAAACGCAUCGGCGACCAAGAGGAGCAGUUUGAGAAGCCCAACCGGGCCACCUGCCAGGGCAUGCGUAAUGCCAUCUACGACAAGUUGGAUGAAGACGGCAUCAUCGCUCCUGGCGUCCGUGUGUCGGGCGACGACGUGAUUAUCGGCAAGACGAUCACGCUACCCGAGAACGACGACGAACUCGAAGGCACGACGCGACGCUACACAAAGCGAGACGCCAGCACCUUCCUGCGAAACAGUGAGACUGGCAUCGUGGACCAAGUCAUGAUCACGCUCAACUCUGAAGGCUACAAGUUCAGCAAGAUCAGGGUGCGCUCGGUGCGCAUUCCGCAGAUCGGCGACAAAUUCGCCUCGCGCCACGGACAGAAGGGUACCUGCGGAAUCCAGUACCGGCAGGAGGACAUGCUGUUCACCUGCGAGGGCCUCACGCCCGACAUCAUCAUCAACCCGCACGCCAUCCCCUCGAGAAUGACCAUUGGGCAUUUAAUCGAGUGCCUCCAGGGCAAGGUUUCGGCGAACAGAGGCGAAAUCGGUGACGCGACGCCAUUUAACGACGCCGUGAACGUGCAGAAGAUCUCGUCACUGCUGAACGAGUACGGCUACCACCUGCGUGGCAACGAGGUCAUGUACAACGGACACACGGGCCGCAAGAUGCAGGCGCAGAUCUUCCUUGGGCCGACCUACUACCAGCGUCUCAAGCACAUGGUUGACGACAAGAUUCACUCCCGAGCCAGAGGUCCCGUGCAGAUCCUGGUGCGACAGCCCAUGGAGGGCAGAGCUCGCGACGGUGGUCUCCGUUUCGGUGAGAUGGAGCGCGAUUGUCAAAUCUCUCACGGCGCCGCCCAGUUCCUUCGCGAGCGUCUCUUCGAGGUCUCCGAUCCCUACCGCAUCCACGUUUGCAACCUGUGCGGCAUCAUCGCCAUCGCCAACCUCCGAAACAACACUUUUGAGUGCAAGAGUUGCAAGAAUAAGACUCAGAUCUCGCAGGUCCGACUGCCGUACGCCGCCAAGCUGCUCUUCCAGGAGCUCAUGUCAAUGAACAUUGCACCUAGACUCAUGGUCGAAUGAAUUUUUUGUUGUAUGUUAUUGUAUUUUAGCUUAUUGUGUAUGUCAAAUCUGAUUUUUCAUACUAAAAAUAAAGGGACUGAGAUUUUACUGAGGACCAGCAAA